AUGACUUAUUUAUGCUUGAACAAGACAUUGUUAGCAUUUCGGUCCGUCCUAAAUAUAACAGUUGGCUAUACACUCGAGCCUCUUCCACCAGCUCUUUACGCUAAAUAUGCGCACCCAAAUCCGUAUGGCCUUAAUGGAAGAAAUGAAUCUUUAGUGAUCGGCCUUUUCACCGCCAGUUGGAAAAAUGCAGCAGAUGACGAGCAGGUCGAAAAUGCCAGCCUUGCACUCGUGGAAGCCAUAGAAAUAGGCGCACGGGAGCAAGAAGCCAAUGUUUCCUUUGUGUGCCUCAACUACGCCGUGCCAUGGCAAGACCCUAUUGCUAGUUAUGGGGAUGACAACCUGGAGAAGAAUGCGCGAGAUUGCAAAUGA